UUUUCGGCGGGAGACGGGAACGGGACAGUUGCUUUCUUCAUUGAGUAAUCUAAAUAAUUAAUACGAAGUGGUGUUUUGUGGUUAAUGAUCGCAUUAAGUUAGUCGGAAGACAUUCGCGAGUGUUAUUAUAUUGGAGUAUUCAAUAAACAAAGUGUAUCUGCCUAUUUUCGCUUCGUGUCGGGAAGCCGCUUCAUAACUCAAAAGUUUAUGCGGACUUUUGAGUUAAUUCGUUUGGGGUUCGGAGUAGGAGUCUACUCCGAGGGUGGGGGCUUAGGUUUCAUCAUCAUCACCUUUCAUCAUUUCAUUAAUCAUCAAGAAAAAAAAAUACGUAAGACAUGGCUGUAUGGGCAUAGUUCCCUUUGCCUUACCCUUCGGGGAAAAACAAAACAAAAAAAAAAAAAUCAUUGUUUUAAAGUCUUGCUCGUCGGUUUUCUGUGUUCAGUUAAAUAUUACUUUUAUUUCAAUACCUAAUUAGUGAAGUUUUCAUGAUAUUUGAUUAUCGUUUACUUUCUGAUGUAAAUUUAUUUAGGUUUAUUUAGGUUACGUUUUACAUACAAACUAUGGAAGACUCGAAUCAAGAAAACAAACAGUGUACUUCGAGGUAUAGAAGUCCAACUUUUAGUAAAGAGGAAAUAAACGCGCUAUUAAACUUGAUAGAAAAAUAUAAACUUUUUAUUUUAAACAAGUCCAUAACAGCGGCGGUGUGCCAAGCUAAGGAAACUACUUGGUCUAAAAUAGCGAAGGAAUUCAAUAGUUUAGAGUUGGGACAUAUUAGAAACGCAGACAGCUUGAGGGUAAAGUGGGAAAAUUUGAAGAGAGAUGCGAGGAAGUUGUCUAAGAAUGUAAUGGACAGCAGCUGCAACGAUCUGGAUGCGGCGGAAGCUCGCGUCGUCGCGAUGAUCUCUGAGGCUGACAAUAUAGGUGCUAUUGAUACUCCACAGGAUAUCUUAGAUGAUGAAGAUAAUAUUAAUGGUAUAGAUGAGCAGAAGGAUUCAUCAAACAGCUUUGCAAAAUACUGGGAUGAAGGUGUUGAGUCUGAAGAGGGAGAUGAACAUGAGAGAAACAGUAGAAUUACCCGCUCUUUGAACUUCUCCCCACAAGAGUGCGGGCUCCUGCUGCAGUGUGUCAAGAAGGAGAAGAAGCAUGUCUUCUCCAAGGACCUAAGUAGCAAGGCCAUUGAACUCAAGAAUGAUGCUUGGUUCAGAAUUGCAAAUUCCUACAAUAAGCUGAGUCCACAGAAGCGCUCAGCCAAAGUCCUUAGAACUAAGUUUGGCAACAUGAAGACUAUGGCGAAGAAGGUUGGCUUCAAGGACUAUUUCAAAGAUCUCAAGCGUAGAAAACACGAAAAAUUUGGGGAUGAUAAUUCAAAGGACAUUAAAAAAGAACCCCUGUUUGAAGACAAAAUGAAUGCAGACUCUGAUGACUACAACAACCAUGAAAGCGAUAAUGAUGUGCAGUACAAUGGACACAAACCUAACAAUUAUGUUGAGGUCCCACAUGAUCCGCUCAGUUCAGUACUAAAUGGAGACUCUGGAAUAGGUUCCACUCACAUGGGGUCUUUCCAAUGGAACUAUUCUGAACAUAAAGAAGUUGUCAAACUAAAAAUGGAGUUACUCAAUUACCAAUUAGAAACUGCUAAGCUAGAGAGAAAGCGAAUAGAAGAAGCGAUGCAAGAGGAGUCAUCGGCGCGGGCUGCGCGUGCGACAGAGACGGCGCUACGGCUGCGCGCGGCGCGCCUCGAGGCGGCGGCGGCCGCCGCGCGCCUGCCGCCGCGCCACCCCGCGCUGCACUUCCCGCCCAGCGAGGCGCGCGCGCAGCUCUACCUCGACCAGUGCCUCACUAUCAACACUUAAACACCCUGUACACGUCCCAUUACUGGGCACAGGCCUCGUCUCAAUCACCCAGUAAAGGUGUGCCCACUGCUCCACUGCGGAUUGAGGUUAUGAGGAGUUCCUAAAUGUAGGUAGGUAGAUCGAUUAUGUUACAUUUUACAUUGAAACACAUUGGCCGGUCGCACUUUGGAUGCGGUUUCGUACGAAUUCGGCUUUUGCGUGCGUGUACGUACAAAUUAUUGCAUAUUCAUGACCAAAACGCACCCAGUAUGCGUACUUGGAUAGUUAGAAUGCUUCCUGCGUGUUUAUAACGCACAUUAUACGCGCGAGUCGAAUUCCUACGAAUUCGCUUAGUAGAGAGUUCGAAGUUAUGCGAAUUCCCAGUUUGGUCUUCUCGAGUACAAACAUCUCUUACUCUUUUUUAUUAAAUCGGUCGCUACGUACUAACGUCUGGAAGUGACUACAAAUUCACCAACUCAUACAGAUGAAGGGAAUAAGAUUAUAUUGAAAGUUGCUUCGUCAAUCAGCGAUUGAUGUUACAAAUGUUAUUUUAUAAUUAUAAUGGAAAAAAAGAAAGAAACAUUUAUUAUAAAUAUAAUGGUGCUGAUUCCCGUAGACACCAUCUAAUAUUAUUAUUUUAUUUAAGUUAUACCUGUCAUUUUCUUAUCCACCGAACAAGGCAUAAAAUUUAUGGAACACAGUUAAUUUUAGGCAGGAAUUUAGAAACCCUCCCAAUUUUUUAUAUUGGCCAAUGAACUGACAGAAUUUAGUUGACAGCACACGUCAAACGAGUUGCAUACCAGCGAGAUGCCUAUUUUAUUCGCCCGGGUAAUUCAUUUAAAUUAACAGUUGUCGAUUAUCGGCGAAUAAGAAAAUGACAGGUAUAACUUAAAAUAAAAUUAGGAGGUGUCAGCAGUAAUCGGGGCCAAUAUAUGCAUUUUAAUUUUUUAUAUUUGCCCCACACUACACUUUAAAAGAACAUACUUUGUUAAAGCGAUCAAUUGGAUGUUUGUUGUAGAAUAAUAGUUAAGAGUAUUCGAAGCAUCUGUUGUAAUAAUUUAUCUCUCUCCACUGUGAUAGUAAUAUAAGUUUUAAUUUAAUUAUAUUUUAGGUUUGAGUUUAUAAAAGUCGAAUUUAAACUUUUUAAGCAAUGUAACAAUACUUACUAGUCCACAUUUUAUCCUAUUUCCUGUACAAUUAGAGAUUGAGAAAUAAAUACGAAACGAAUAGAUACGAAAAUUUGUAUAUUUUACUUGAUUGCGUUUUACAGAUGAUUAAAUUACAAUUCAAUAUUAAAAUUAUUAUAUUUAA